AUGCAAAACAUCAUCUCUUGUCUUCCUGUCUCUGAAACAGCCAACCUCUCAAACUCAUUCAUUCCUCACUCUCUUUCUUCCAUGGACGAAACAAAUGGACGAAGAGAAACUCACGAUUUCAUGAACGUCAACGUUGAAUCUUUCUCUCAGCUUCCUUUCAUCCGCCGUACUCCUCCCAAAGAAAAAAGCUCCAUUAUUCGUCUCUUCGGCCAAGAACUCGGCGGAGACAACUCCUCCGAUGCUCAACAAGAAGACUUCUAUGUAGAUUCUUCCGAAACCACAACGACCAAGAUCAACGAAGAGAGCUCUGAGAAUGUCAAGGACAAGGACAAGGACAAAGACAAGGAGAAAGACAACAGCAAUAACAGGAGAUUCGAGUGUCACUACUGUUUCAGAAACUUCCCAACUUCUCAAGCCCUAGGUGGACACCAAAACGCUCACAAACGCGAACGUCAACACGCCAAACGCGGUUCUAUGCCAUCAUACCUUCAUCAUGCUGACCAUCACCACGUCUACGGCUUUGUCAACAACCAUCACCACUGUCACUAUCCCACGUGGACGACGGAAGCUAGAUUCUACGGUGGUGGAGUAGGAGGAAACCAAACGCCGUCGUAUUACUCACGCACUCUUCUUCCUCCUCCUUCUUCUUCUAACCCACCGACGAUCAACGGAAGUCCGUUGGGUUUGUGGCGUGUACCACCACCUUCCACGUCAGCAAACGCUAUUCAUGGCGUUUACUCAGCUUCACCAGCGUUUAGAACGCAUGAGCAGGAGCGUAAAGAGCCGAACUGGCCGUACAGAUUGAUGAAACCUAAUGUGCAAGAUCAUGUGAGUCUCGAUCUUCAUCUUUGACACUUUGUUUUUGGUAUCCAUCAUCACUUUAACUUAGCCGUGAUGAGACUUGUUUGAACGGUAAAGCCUAUUCUUCUGCGAGUCUUCGAGAAAAAAAAAAAGAAUAGAGAACUAAGGAGAACCACCAUAAUGUGUAGAUCUUGAACCUUUGAGGGAUUUUCAGUUUUGAGUUUAUAUUGUUAUAAUUAUUACUAAGGAAUAAUAUUUGAUUUAAUUAGUACUCC